AUGGACCCUCAACGCUCUACAAAAUCAUGCAUCACUAUUAAGGUCAACCCCCACGAGGUUGAUCAACCUCAACCAUGCAUUCCUUCCUGUCCUCCUGCAAUCCCAAAGGAGUCAGAGGAAGAAGUGGAGGAAGAGGAGGAGGAAGAAGAAGAUGACGAGAGAGGAUAUCCUUUCUCCUUAGAAAACUCUUCUUUUCCAGGAGAUUCAUCCUCCCCGUCAGAAAGUUCUGAUGGAUAUGAUGGUGAUGAUGAAUAUGAGGAUGAAGACGACGAGGAAGAGGAGGAAGAAAAUGACAAACCUCUUUCCCAAAGGAGGAGAGUUCAUGGAGGCUUCCGCCAGGAAGGUAACUAUUAUGCCUCCGCUGGCGAGUACGACCCUACCGAAGGGGACACCAAAGGCAGUGAUUCUGAGGCUGACUUGGACGCCUUCAAGCCUAGGUCUCCUAAGGAUAAUUUAGAUUAG